UAACGGAUGCACGCACGCGGGUCCUGCAUCGUCGGCAUGCUGUUUAUCGCGGUUUACGCUCAUCCAACUACGAUUCUCGCCUGAACCAAAGUGCGCGGCGCCUCCGUCAAAAGUCCCGGAACGUUCGUCCAGCGCAGACAUGAGACCCGACAGCAGACUCAAACUGAAAGCGGAAUGCUUCGCCAUCAACAGGUUGCAGCUGUUGGAAUACGAAUAUCACACCGCACUCGACGACCUCAAAAAAGAUCAAAUAUCCUUCAGUAUUCUCUCCGACGUCUGCCUGCCAGUGUCGCUACUAAUCCUCGUAGUGGUGUGGGGUUACCAGUUGAACGCCAUGACCAUAGACACCGAUAGCGGAGACAACCACACGAUGUUACUCGUCUACGGCAUCGGACUCAUUGUGGUCUCGGGCACGGCAUGCGUUUACAUCGCCAUACGAAUGGCGGUAAUGCGACCAGAAGUCGAGGUGACCACUUUUCUCCAAGGAGAGAUGAGACCUUUACAUUCUGAACAAAAACGAUCUCAGUGUUUUUACUAUCAGACUAUUCCUGAAAUACACAGGACUGGUAAAAAACCAACCAACAUUUUUAUUGUGUAAAAUAGGUAUAUUAUAUCAAAUUAAUAUAAUUUAUUUGAUGUGUUCAUACUUAUAGUCAUAUGAUAAUAUAAUUAUUUUAAUAGAAACGAUUUACUAAAAGUUAUUAGUGGUAAGUAUUAGCUUAAAUAUGUUGUCUGUCUAAUAUUUUUAUAUCUGUAUGUUGUUUUAUUCUAUUUUUAUUCCGAAAGUUCGUAGUACUUGUAAACUGAUCAGUAUUAAUGCUGAACCUAUGUGUAUAUAUUAUGUGACUUUCAGUUAGUUUAUAGUUUUUUUUUUUAUAUUUUAGAAAUUAUACUGUAAAUAUUUAUGUAAAUAAAAAUAUAUUAUGUUUAACUUAACGAA